CAGAAGAUUCACAUAGGAGAGAAAUGCUUUGAAUGUCCUGAUUGUUGGAAAACUUUCAGUUAUAAUUGAAACUGGGUGAUACACCAGAGGAAUCAUAAAGGAGAAAAACCCAUUCAAUGUUCUAAUUGUGGGAGAAGUUUCAGUCAUAAUUCCCGCCUGGUAAUAUAUCAGAGAAUUCACUCCAUGGAGAAAUGUUAUGAGUGUCAAGAUUGUGGGAAAGGUUUCAUUAGAAAUUCCCACCUCCUGAGGCACAAGACCACACACACAGGAGAGAAACCCUUUGAAUGUCCUAUCUGUGGGAAAAGCUUUAGUGAUAAUUCCAAUCUGCUGACACACCAGAGGACUCAUACAGGAGAGAAACCCUUUGAAUGUCCUGACUGUGGGAAACGUUACAGUCAGAAUUCUCACCUGGUGAUACACCAGAGGACUCACACAGGCGAGAAACCCUUUGAAUGUCCUAUCUGUGGGAAAAGCUUUAGUGAUAAUUCCAAUCUGCUGACACACCAGAGGACUCAUACAGGAGAGAAACCCUUUGAAUGUCCUGACUGUGGGAAACGUUACAGUCAGAAUUCCCACCUGGUGAUACACCAGUGGACUCACACAGGAGAGAAACCCUUUGAAUGUCCUAUUUGUGGGAAAAGCUGUAGUGAUAAUUACAAUCUGCUGAGACACCAGAGGACUCACACAGGAGAGAAACCCUUUGAAUGUCCUGACUGUGGGAAAUGUUACAGUCAGAAUUUCCACCUCUUGGCACACCAGAGGACUCACAUAGAAGAGAAACCCUUUGAAUGUCCUAUCUGUGGGAAAAGUUUUAGUAAUAAUUGUAGCCUGGUGAAACACGAGAGGACUCACACAGGAGAGAAACCCUUUGAAUGUCCUGACUGUGGAAGAUGUUUCAGUUGCAAUUACACGCUGAUGACACACCAGAGGACUCACACAGGAGAGAAACCCUUUGAAUGUCCUGAUUGUGGGAAAAGUUUUAGUCACAGUUCCAACCUGGUGACACACCAGAGGACUCACACAGGGGAGAAACCCUUUGAAUGUCCUAUCUGUAGGAAAUGUUUUUGUCAUAAUUCCAGCCUGGUGAGACACCAGAGGACUCACAGACGAGAGAAACCCUUGAAUGUCCUAUCUGUAGGAAAAGUUUCAGUCAGAAUUCCUACCUAAUGAUACACUACAGGACACACACCGUGGAGAAAUCUUUGAAAUGAGUAGUCUGUGGAUGUUACUUCAAGCAUAAAUCAUCCCUUAUUGUACACAAGGUAGUCCAUAUGAGGAAUAGUAGACGGGUUUAGAGAAUGAUUGAAUUUCGUUUCUGAUCACCCAUUGAAAGUGUAGGCGAGAAAUUGAUUGUUUGAAUUUUGGCCUGAUUUAUUUUGCUCAAACAUUUCUCAGGAUUAAAUUUGUAGGUGGAGAGAAAAGGAAAAUGGCUAAUGGCUAACUAACUAGUUUCUGGUUAUCAGCAGAAGCUUCUGGAUAUUGCCUUUUCCAGAAGUAGUUGAAUUCCUCAGAAAGGAAUUUUGGGUGGAGCUUUUGUAUGUUGAUUAUGAAAUUCCCACAUGUGGAGUUUCAGUCUUCUACCUUGGUUUCUGCCCAUAUUUUGAGCCCCAGAAUUCCGCAGCCAACAUAAAAGUAGUCAAGAAAUAACUUUUAUGGACCUUGAAUUACAGUUGCAUGUUGCAACAGCUAUUAAGUGAAAUUGCUCUCCUUAACUACCCUAAUCCCCCUGCUCUCCCUGAGGCAGCCAUUAAUCAAAUGUGCGAGUCGCUAAGCAGAACAUUAUCUGCUCAGAGCUGGGGAAAACUCUUGGAGGCCUAGUGCAGGGCCAGGCUUGCCUGCCAUAGGUAUCUCUAGGCCUCUCCCACCCUGCAAGACAUCCUUGUGCUCUGUAUCCUAACCCUUGUGUCGCCUUGGCCCUUCACUACCCCCCACCAGGUCCCCUUACACCUGACUCCCACCCCACUUCACACCCUCCUCCUUCUUACCUUUUGAAGAUCUCUGAACCUCAUGUUGGGGUGGGAGGGAAGGUCAUGCAUCCUUGGGCCUCAUGACUUUGUCCUGGAAGCAACUACCAUUUUCAGUGGGCCCUGGAUUUAUCUCUGGUGUGAAUUGUAAUAGCACCACACGAUGUCGUGCUGCAAGCGGCUGCAGAAGAAAUCAGACUGCAAUGUAACAUGUGGGUAUAGGCAACCUGGCUGCGAUGGUCCUAAAGUAAGCGGCAGCUUACAGACAAGGAAGAAAAGCAAAGAUUGUAGAAUUAUGCUCGAGAGGUUCCACACUGGAGAACAAACUGGAGUUUGUGCAUAAGAGCACAAACGUGCCUACCGUUCCUGUCCUAUUGUUUCCUUUCGUUAUAUUCAAUUAAUAUAGUUAUUACAUACUCAUACUCAUAUAUAUGCUUAUACAUUGUACAAUUAUUUCAUGUUUAUGCUUAUAUAUACUGUGUGACAAAAUAAAUAAAUAAAUAAAAUAAAAUAAAUAAAAGCCGUAUCAGUGUUCCCAAUGCAGCAAAAGCUUUAGUCAGAACAGCUUCCCAGCUGUUCAUGGAAAGGCUCACACCAGAGAAAAACACUACCAGUUGUCUCAAUGUGGCAAAAGCUAUAGCAAGUAAGCCAAGCUGAUAAUACAUCAGAGGACACACAUAGAGAAACUGCACUUAUGUCCAGAUUGUGGGAAAUAUUUUCAGUCAGAUAUACCAGACAAUACACACAGGAGAUAAUCCAUAUGAAUCUCUGGUUUGUGGAAAAAAUUUUCGUCAGAAUUCCCAUCUGGAGAUGGACCGAAAGACUCAAGACAGGAGAGAAACCAUAUGAGUGUCCAGAUUGUGAAAUACUUUUUAGAUUUAUAGAUGGAGAGAAAAGGGAAAUGGAAAAAGGCUCACUUUUCUGGUUAUUAACAGAAUGUUUUGUUUUUGAUUAUCGGAAACAGUUUCUGGAUAUUUCCUUUUGUAGAAGUAGUGAAAUUCAAGGGUGAAAUGCUACCAGAUUGGACCAGAUCGGGUGAAUAGGUAGCGGAGAUUGGGGCUGGUUCGCCGAAGUGGGAGCAAUGGCUGUGUUGUGUCUCGCCCGCCCUCCUCUCCGCAGCCGGGCCCCUCCCAUCUCCUGCUAUCUGAGCCAGAGUGUCAGCCUCCGCUUUAAUUUAGUGUAUUUCUCCUACUAGAUUAUCUGACUAUUUUAUUACCUUGUUAAAAGUUUGCUCUACUGAUUGUCUUACAUGCUUUAUGGA